UACACGAUUAAACGAAACGGACGGUCCUGCGGUGGGAUCCGAGACCGCGCGUACGUUGUACAGUGAUUCGAAUAGACGUUUCGAAGGCGCUUGAAAAUAUUAUAGCGCAGCACAAACCGCGCAGUUUAGCAUACGAGCGCACACGGCAUACGGCGUACGUACGGCAUAGAAUUGAAGUGAAUAAGUUGGGGCAGAGGCCUGGAGCUCAGAACGGCUCAGAAGUGGUGUGGCAACGGCGGAGUUCGGAGGUUUCGUCGUGGACCGUGUGUAAUUUAAGGGAGUUGUUUCUAACCGUCUUACAAAAUUCAAAAAUACCGACGGUUUAAUUUUAAGUGUUUUUUAGUUUUCCGGGUCCAGGAAUAAAUACGUGUUAUUAGUUAAUUAAGGUUACCAUUCGCAUAUCCCUUUUCGAGUGUAUUUUCGCACUAAAAAGCGUUCUCAGCGCAUUGUCGCGCUAAACAAAGAUGGCGGACGGCGACUCCAGGGUGGACCGGUCUGAUCCCGAGCUGAAAUAUCUUUCCGUGGACAGAAACAGCUUCAACGACCCGGCUACACAGGCAGAAUGGACACAGAAGAAACUCGUAUGGGUGCCACACGAAUCCCAAGGGUUCGUUGCCGCCGGUAUAAAGGGAGAAAGGGGCGACGAAGUCGAAGUCGAAGUCGCCGAGACCGGGAAACGGGUAUUGGUCGCUAAAGAUGACAUCCAAAAGAUGAAUCCCCCUAAAUUUGACAAGGUCGAGGACAUGGCCGAGUUGACCUGUCUCAACGAAGCAUCCGUACUUCAUAACCUCAAAGAUCGUUACUACUCCGGACUCAUUUACACUUACUCCGGACUCUUCUGCGUGGUCGUCAAUCCUUACAAGAGACUGCCGAUCUACACGGAAAAAAUUAUGGAAAGGUAUAAGGGGAUAAAACGUCAUGAAGUUCCGCCACAUGUUUUCGCCAUUACAGACACCGCGUAUCGCUCAAUGUUGCAAGAUCGUGAGGACCAGUCGAUUUUAUGCACGGGUGAAUCAGGUGCCGGAAAGACGGAAAACACGAAAAAAGUUAUCCAGUAUUUGGCCUACGUGGCCGCUUCGAAACCAAAAUCGAACGCGACCCCGAGCCCAGCGUUGAUCAUUGGUGAACUCGAACAACAGCUUCUACAGGCGAAUCCGAUCUUGGAAGCAUUCGGAAACGCGAAGACAGUGAAGAAUGACAACUCCUCGCGUUUCGGUAAAUUCAUCAGGAUCAAUUUCGAUGCAUCGGGUUACAUCGCCGGUGCCAACAUCGAAACUUACCUACUUGAAAAAUCCAGGGCCAUCCGUCAAGCCAAGGAUGAAAGAACCUUCCACAUUUUCUAUCAACUCUUGGCUGGUGCUUCACCUGAACAGAAAAAGGAAUUCAUCUUGGAGGAUCCUAAGAACUAUCUGUUUUUGUCGAACGGAUCGCUACCCGUCCCCGGUGUAGACGAUGCUGCGGAGUAUCAGUCUACGGUGAAAUCGAUGAAUAUAAUGGGUAUGACGAACGAAGACUUUUCUUCGAUAUUCAGAAUUGUGUCGGCAGUCAUGCUGUUCGGGUCGAUGCAGUUUCGACAAGAGAGAAAUUCCGACCAAGCCACGCUUCCAGACAACACAGUUGCUCAAAAAGUUUCUCAUUUAUUGGGGCUCAGCGUUACGGAGAUGACUAAAGCAUUCCUAAAACCAAGAAUCAAAGUGGGACGAGACUUCGUUACAAAAGCGCAAACAAAGGAGCAAGUCGAGUUUGCAGUUGAAGCCAUUUCCAAGGCUUGUUACGAGAGAAUGUUCAGAUGGUUGGUCAACAGAAUCAACAGAUCCCUGGAUAGAACCAAAAGACAAGGCGCUAGCUUUAUCGGAAUUCUUGAUAUGGCUGGAUUUGAAAUAUUUGAACUUAAUUCUUUUGAGCAGUUGUGCAUCAAUUAUACCAACGAAAAGCUACAGCAGCUUUUCAAUCAUACUAUGUUCAUCCUCGAACAGGAGGAAUACCAACGAGAAGGUAUCGAAUGGAAGUUCAUUGAUUUUGGUCUUGAUCUUCAACCGACGAUCGAUCUAAUUGACAAACCGAUGGGUAUCAUGGCUCUGCUCGACGAAGAAUGUUGGUUCCCCAAAGCAACGGACAAAACUUUUGUGGAAAAAUUGGUUGGAGCUCACAGCGUGCAUCCUAAAUUCAUGAAAACUGAUUUCCGCGGCGUUGCUGACUUCGCGAUUAUUCAUUACGCUGGAAAAGUAGAUUACUCAGCUGCCAAGUGGCUGAUGAAGAACAUGGACCCAUUGAACGAGAACGUUGUUAGCUUACUUCAAGCUUCCCAAGAUCCAUUUGUCUGCCAUAUUUGGAAGGAUGCUGAAAUUGUGGGAAUGGCCCAACAAGCGCUGACCGACACACAAUUUGGUGCACGUACUCGCAAAGGAAUGUUCAGAACGGUAUCUCAACUCUACAAAGAACAAUUGGCGAAACUUAUGGUGACUCUGCGUAAUACGAAUCCAAAUUUCGUCAGAUGUAUUAUUCCAAACCAUGAAAAACGAGCCGGCAAAAUUGACGCUCCUCUAGUGCUCGAUCAAUUGAGGUGUAAUGGUGUUCUCGAAGGAAUUCGUAUAUGCAGACAAGGUUUCCCCAACAGAAUACCAUUCCAGGAAUUCAGGCAACGCUACGAGCUACUCACCCCGAAUGUCAUUCCCAAAGGUUUCAUGGACGGCAAAAAGGCUUGCGAAAAAAUGAUUCAAGCGCUGGAAUUGGAUCCCAAUCUUUACCGUGUUGGGCAGUCAAAGAUAUUCUUCCGAGCUGGAGUUUUAGCGCAGCUUGAAGAAGAACGAGAUUAUAAGAUAACUGAUUUAAUAGUCAAUUUCCAGGCAUUCUGCCGCGGUUUCUUAGCGCGUAGGAACUAUCAGAAACGACUACAACAGUUGAACGCGAUACGUAUUAUUCAGAGGAAUUGUGCUGCAUACUUAAAAUUGCGUAACUGGCAGUGGUGGAGGUUGUACACCAAAGUAAAGCCCUUACUCGAGGUGACCAAGCAGGAGGAAAAGCUUACGCAAAAAGAGGAUGAACUUAAACAAGUCCGGGAUAAAUUAGAGAUGCAGCUGCAUUCCGCACAGGAGUAUGAACGCAAGUAUCAACAAGCAAUCGAGGAAAAGACCGUUCUUGCAGAGCAAUUACAAGCUGAGGUAGAACUUUGCGCCGAAGCGGAGGAAAUGCGAGCAAGACUUGCCGCGAGGAAACAAGAAUUGGAAGAAAUUCUACACGAUUUAGAAGCCCGAAUUGAGGAAGAAGAGGAAAGAAGUACAGCGUUGACGCAAGAGAAAAAGAAAUUGCAGUUGAAUAUAAGUGACUUAGAAGCACAAUUAGAGGAAGAGGAAGCUGCGCGGCAAAAGUUACAAUUAGAGAAAGUGCAGUGCGAUGGCAAGAUCAAGAAACUCGAAGAGGACUUAGCCUUGUCCGAGGAUACCAAUCAGAAAUUGCUCAAGGAAAAGAAAAUUCUUGAGGAACGAUCCAACGAUUUGUCCCAAACUCUAGCAGAGGAAGAAGAGAAGGCUAAACAUCUCGCUAAAUUGAAAGCCAAACAUGAAGCAACCAUCGCAGAUCUCGAGGAGAGACUGUUGAAAGAUCAUCAACAAAGACAGGAAGUAGAUAGGUCUAAACGUAAAGUAGAAACAGAAGUCUCGGACUUGAAGGAACAGCUAACCGAACGUAGAACGCAAUUCGAAGAGCUGCAGUUACAGUUGGGUAAACGUGAAGAAGAAUUGACACAAGCCAUGAUGAGAAUCGACGAAGAGGGAGCUGCUAAAGCUCAGGCUCAGAAAGCUUUGAGGGAGCUGGAAUCGCAGCUUGCCGAACUUCACGAAGACUUGGAAGCUGAGAAAGUGGCCAGAAGUAAAGCAGAAAAAUUAAAACGUGACUUGAACGAAGAGUUGGAAGCUUUGAAAAAUGAGUUGCUCGACUCUUUGGAUGUGACAGCGGCACAACAAGAACUUAGAAGCAAAAGGGAGCAGGAAUUGGCAACUUUGAAGAAAAAUCUUGAAGAUGAGACUUCCGUUCACGAAGGCACUUUGGCUGAUAUGCGUCACAAACAUUCUGGGGAAUUGACAGCUAUCAACGAACAAAUGGAUGUUCUGAAGAAAGCUAAAGCUGCGUUGGAAAAGGCUAAGAGCACAUUGGAAGCUGAAAAUGCAGAUCUCACUACGGAAUUGAGAUCAGUAGGUGCAAGUAGACAAGAAUCUGACCGUAGGCGCAAACAAGCAGAACAACAGUUGGCUGAAUUAAACGCUAAGGUUGCCGAAGUUGAGAGGGCUAAGCAAGAGUUGGCUGAGAGAGUUGUGAAAUUGCAACAAGAAGCAGAGACUGUCUCCCAGCAGUUGGAAGCUGCAGAAUUGAAGGCGUCUGCCGCCUUGAAAGCAUCCGCUACAUGUGAAUCACAGUUCUCUGAAAUUCAACAGCAGUUGGAAGAAGAGACGAGACAAAAGUUGGCUUUGAGUUCGAAAUUGAGAGCUGUCGAAGGAGAGAAAGAGAGCCUCCAAGAACAGUUGGACGAAGAAGAGGAAGCUAAAAGGGCUUUGGACAAACAGGUACAAAGUUUGACUAUUUUAUUAGCGGAAGCAAAGAAACGUGGCGAUGAAGAGGCAGAAGCAGCUGUAGCUCUAGAAGAGGCGAGAAAACGCUGCCUGAAAGAUAUCGAAGCUCUGCAAAGACAAGUUGAGGAAUUGCAAGCAGCCAAUGACAAGUUAGACAAAUCCAAGAAGAAGAUUCAGGCAGAAUUAGAAGACAGUAACAUCGAGCUGGAAGUUCAAAGAGCAAAAGUAAUUGAACUAGAGAAAAAACAGAAGAACUUCGAUAAGGUUCUUGCUGAUGAAAAAGCAAUCUCUGAACAGUAUGCUGAACAGCGAGAUGCUGCAGAACGUGAAGCGCGUGAGAAGGAGACCAGGGUAUUUUCUUUGACUCGUGAAUUAGAUGAAUUGAAUGAUAAGGUUGAAGAGCUUGAGAGAGGCCGCAGAGGACUUCAGUCCGAGUUGGAUGAGCUUGUAAACAAUCAGGGAACUGCGGACAAAAACGUUCAUGAGCUUGAAAAGGCUAAACGCGCCCUUGAAUCUCAGUUAGCCGAGCAAAGAUCUCAAGUAGAGGAGCUUGAGGAUGAGUUGCAGUUCACGGAAGACGCGAAACUGCGUCUUGAAGUCAACAUGCAGGCUUUAAGAACGCAAUUCGAACGCGAUCUUCAAGCAAAAGAGGAACAGGCUGAAGAAAAGCGACGAGGUCUGGUCAAACAGUUGCGUGACCUCGAGGCUGAGCUUGAAGAUGAACGAAAACAACGUGCUGCUGCAAUUGUACAGCGCAAAAAGAUGGAAGCUGAUUACAAGGACAUUGAACAACAGCUUGAGAUGCAUAACAAAGUUAAGGAAGAUGCUCUCAAACAGCUCAAGAAACUACAGGUUCAAAUCAAAGACUGUACAAGAGAAACAGAGGAGGCUAGGGCUGCGCGGGAUGAUUUGGCUGCCAGUGCUAAGGAAACUGAAAGAAAAGUCAAAAGUCUGGAAGCCGAACUAAUGCAACUCACUGAAGAUUUAGCUAGCAGUGAACGGAAUAGGCGAACUGCUGAAAGCGAGAGGGACGAACUUCAAGAAGAAAUCAACAACAAUGCCAGUAAAGGAACAUUGUUGCUGGAUGAGAAACGUCGAUUGGAAGCGAGAAUUGCAACUUUAGAAGAAGAACUAGAAGAAGAACAAUCCAACAGUGAGAUCCUAAUGGACCGAGCCAGAAAAGGACAAAUUAAUAUCGAACAGCUCACUACAGAUUUGGCAACAGAACGAUCGACAACACAGAAGCUUGAAAGCCACAGGAUGUUGCUGGAGAGACAAAACAAAGAAUUGAAAGCAAAAUUGGCCGAGUUGGAAACGUCUCAACGUACGAAAACCAAAGCGACGAUUCAAGCCUUGGAAUCUAAAAUCAAUAAUCUUGACGAACAACUUGAGGCUGAGGGUAAGGAACGAUUCGCGCAGCAAAAGAUCAACAGAAAGUUGGAUAAGAAAUACAAGGAAGUUCUUAUUCAACUCGAAGAUGAACGACGAAAUGCUGAUCAAUACAAAGAACAGGUUGAGAAAGUAAAUGCUAGAAUGAAAGCACUGAAAAGACAACUUGAUGAAGCAGAAGAAGAAGUUACCAGAGAAAAGACGCAAAAGCGAAAGGCACAGAGAGAAAUGGAGGACAUGAUGGAGUCUCACGAAUCACUUACUCGUGAGGUUGCUAACUUAAGGAAUAAAUGGAGGCGAACACCAGGCAUGAGCCUUAGCUCUACUACUCGUCUUACGAAACGAGGUUCUUCCCAGACUGGUGGCUCGGGAGAUGAUUCUACCACGCAGGAUGAAAGCAUGGAUGGAGAGGAAACUGCGAAUUAAGUCGUCGAUUUUUUGUGUAAUAAUGACGUAUAGUAUGACGCAUAAUAGACCAUCUGGAGAGCAAAGAUUUGGUCUUAAAAACGAAAGCGAAAAAAAAAUAUGUAAAGUAAGCGGACCAUUUAAUGAUCCAUCAAGUAGCCAUUUUCAAUGAUAUAGAAUUAAGAGUAACGAAAUGGAUUUUUCCAUUUCUUAAUUAUUCUAAUUGUAAUUUUCUAAUUGCGAGGAAAGUCAGAGAUGCGAAAGUGAAAGAUAAAGGUGGGGGAAAAACAAAAAUGAGUCGAAACAAGGGUUUCGCUCCAGUCUGAGUUGCCAUCGGAAAAACAACAAAUGAAAUUAAAAAAUUUACAAAUAUGUACAUAAUCUUUAGUAAUGAUCAUGGAUAACAUUAUGAAACAGCCUAGAAAAUUGAUUAAUUGAAAGAGAAGAAACGUUCGAGACCUCUCAAUUGAUUAAUAAAAAGUAAUCGAUAAAGAAAGGUAAUGAGGUAAAGACAUUUAAAUUAAGCUAGAUCGAAAUAAUUAAUGAAAUACAUACUGCAAACCGCUGCAUAAUCGAAGAGUAACACACUUAGCUAGAAUAAGACAUUGAAAACCAUACAAUAUUUCGAAUAUAUUAUUAUAAGAAUUAUUAAAUGAUUUUAAUAAUUGACUAAUAAUAUACACGCAACGCAUCGUUUACGGGCUAGUUUCAUUUUAAAAGGUUUUAGGUCUUAUGUUUUCCAGUAUUUUCUCUGUUUAAUAUAUUAUAAUUGUUUCUUUCUUUCUCAAAGACUUUUCAUUUAGAAUAUGAUCCCAUGUAUGCAUUUACAUAUACAUAUAAAUAUAUAUUUUUUUUGGCAUGAUUAUAUAAUAUAUUUCAUAGAACGAUAGGCUAAGUUCUUUAUAUAUUAUUCAGAAAAAAAAGCAAAUAAAAUUCCUAAAAAUUGUUAUUUUUUUUUUUUAUAAAUGUUUACUAUACUUGAAAAAAAUUUGGUUUAUCGGAUUCGGGAUCGUUUGGGCCUAGCCUUUUGAAAUGAAAUUUCACCAGGUCUGGCAUACGCCGUUGUUGAAAAGCAACCGCGCUAACGAUACGUUGAAAAUACUUUUGACGAACAGCGUACUUAAUAAGUAAAGAUUUAUAAUUAAUAUUGCAGAAAUUGUAGGCAUUACCCCAUGGAAUAAUGAAGACAUUUUGUAAACAAUACCCCUAGUAUCUUCGGAUAGAUUUUAACUUGCAUUUUUAUAUGAGCAUUUUACUACAGUCAUUCAGGAGCAUUUGUACCAGGUGAAAAAAGAAUGAAAAAUAAACAAUAUAUAGGUAUUAUGAACGCUCAUCACCUGGUAAUGAGGGCUGAUAUAUUUUUUAAUGAAAAGGGUAAGAGUGAGGAAAAAAUGAAUAAUCACUUAUCGAUAGAGACAUUUGAAUACCAAUAAAGAUAAAAGGCAAAAAAAAAUAAAAUAAAAUAAGAUAAUAAGUAAAAAAAGUUGAAGGACAGAAAUGGUUUUCUAGCGACGAAGGUAGUUGGAGAAUGAUUUGAAAAACUCUUAAGUUUGUUAGAUUCCAUGCAAAAGUAAGUCAUAGAGUUAUUGGAUGUAGAGCCAGAGAUAAGUUCAUCUGGUAGCGAAGACAGUCAUUGCAGUUGCAUGAUAGAAUUAACUGAAAAAAGCUGACUGGUUAAUUAACGAAGGUUCUAGAUCCACUAUCUCUGAAGUUUAAAUAGUCAAUUCCGUGAGAGUAUGGCAGAGAAAAGAGCAGGGGACGAAAAGAUGUCGAACUCACUGAAAUUUCACUCUCGGCUUUUAUUUCUCUAUAUAUUGUAGCGAAAAGUUGAGACGUAUUACCUAUAUUUAGUGAAUUAUCUCGGAGUUGAUGCUCUUUUCUGAUAUUCUUAGAGGACUAAAGUGUUUUGUAAAUAAGUUACGCAGAAUAACAAGGAAUUUCAAUGGCGAUAUUCAUUUCUGUUGAAAGUGUUAAGUCAAAGUGAAGAAUGAUUUCAAUUUUUCGGUAUGAUUUUUUUUGUCCCUAUAGGGAGAGAACAAUGAUGGAUAGAGGAUCAAAAAAAAAAUGUUUUGAUAACUUUUAUACAUGGAAAACAAAUGGUUGGUUGCAUCUUAAAUUUAAUAAAUGAAAUGCUGAUGAAAAUUUAUAACAAAAACGAUGCUUUUAUUUGUCGGAAGAUACAAUCAACGUAGCAAUGGUAUACAUAUAUGAGGAAUAAAAUAUAAAUUAUCGUUCUUUGCGGA